AUGUACCCGGAGUUGCAGGAAUUCUUCGUGGACAUACUUGGUGUCAGCACCGUCAAGAGUGGCUUCAUGAUGAAACAGUUGGCCGCCGCCGCCGCCCGGCCACAGAAAGAUGUCAAUGAAAUCAAGAAGCUCAUGUUGUCAACCUCCCAGUCGCUCAGUGCCGACAAUCGAUUGUCGGAAGUCGAAAAAUCCGUCGAUUCCCUAUUGCAAAGCCAAUUUUUGCCCUGCAAAAACCCCCAGACAGGUGACAUUAUAUUUCGGACUGCAUCCGAAAAGUUCUUUAUUCUGGACAACCAGUACGAUGGGGAGAAAUUCAGCGGCCAAAUAUUCAUGCUGGACUUCACAUAUGAGCAAGUGAUAUCCUUGCACGGGCUCUUCAGAGUUCUUCGCCUUGACGACCGUUACUUGACCCGACACGUAGGCCCCAAGACCUCUGCUGACGGUGUCGAAUCGGACGAUUUACUGACAGAACAGUUUCGAUUGUGUGCAUAUGCUAUAUCAUGUUGCGCCAUCUCGCACCGAAGCACUCUAUACUCCAACCAAAACACACAGAUGUACAAUGAUCUCGUGUCCGCCACAGUCCAAACAUCGGCAGAUAUGUCGACCAAGCUUGUGGUUGUACAAGACAGUGUUCCUGUGGAGGUGGUGGCUGACAGGCUUUCGCUUGUCAUUGAGCAGAAGGACGCUGGACUAUCCAUCACUCUCCCUAAGGACAAAGUACAGAGAAUGCAGUGCAUGCGAGGUCAACUGCCUGGGAGACUAGCAGAGAUGUUGAACAUCUACGACUCCCGGGGCGAGAAGCAGCUCUAUCGGAUCCUCAACGAGCUCGAGUCCGGCACAGACGACAUUCUGCUCCAAGAAGAUAUUUCGCGAGUGUCGUGGCUUCCCGAGACUUGCCGUCCCAACCCUACGCCACUAGCUGAAGAGCUAGAGGGUACUUUUCAACCACAAUCGGCGCAUAUCUUCCAUGGACAGCCUGAAGGCGUCCAGAUAUCUCUGGUGAAGUUAGAGGAAGUUGAAAGUCCCACACGAGCCAUGGGUUCAAUCGCGGCCAAUAGUUAUCCAGACCGGCCUUCACCACUAUUCAGAGCCCUUCCAGCAGCCGAGCCCACCCAUGCCACAGAGGCACAUCUGUAUUGGCUAGUACUCGAGCACGUCCGUAGGCAGGUCUCUUCUUUCAGGCACGUGGAUGGUAAUUAUACAGAUCCCACGUUUUCGAGAAUCACGAAGACUCUCGCAACAUUGAGCCUCGAAGUCAACACGAUUGACCCUGCCAAAGUGGGCGCUGCCGGGGAGCUAUUUGUCUAUGAGAUCCUUGGAGCUCUGUUACCAGGCACAUUUGGACUCGACAACUGGCAGAGCAAGAUUCGACACCUAGUCCGGGCACAUAAGCAGUACGAGAAUGUCACGAGAUGGACGCAACGAGAAGUAGCGGCCAUGAUGUAUUCGGACCAGAAUAACUCGCUCCGCACGUUGUUCCGUACAAGACCGCUUGGAGAUGUGUUUCCUGACUGGGCACCUGAUUGGCUUGCAGCGGACGACGAGAACCCGCCACUCGAAUGCCUUUUCAAAGUCAAAACGUCGCUCGGACCAUGCGAGACGGAAUUCUACAUGAGUCCGCAUCAACACGACUUGAUGCGCAAUUCCGGCGACACAAAACACAACGCUCCUCGCCGCCGAGUACAUUGCAUCGUACGCGUUUAUAACCUCCUCUCCAACCAGAUCGGCAUCAGCUUCUUCAUCGACCCCUGGCGGUUCCUCGAGGGACUGCUGGAGUUUGACACGACGGACAAGUGGAAUGUCUCGGCAUCGCGCGCCGAGUAUUGGUAG